UGUCACAUGAACCAAGAUGGCGGCUUCCCAUCUGAGUGGAGGCCGAGUCAACCUCGCGAUUUUAAGAGAAGCUGCACGAAAAGAGCUGCUGGAAUGUCUGGACAAAUGCGAUGGAACAAAGGCCGUGGUGUGGGACGAGCAACUGACUGGACCAUUCGGGCUGAUUGCUGAGUACUCACUGCUGAAGGAGCAUGAGGUAGAUAAGAUGUUCCAGCUUCGGCCUGGCCGCCUGCCUGCCGCUAACGUCAACAACAUCAUCUUCCUGUGUCGGCCCAAACUGGCUCUCAUGGAGAUCGUGGCACAGAACAUACUCAAAGAGGAAGAAACUGGAGGGUCUCGCAAGGAGUUCCACAUCUUCUUUGUCCCCAGAAAGAGCCUGCUUUGUGAGCAGAAACUUAAGGAACUGGGUGUGUAUGGGACCUUCAGUAAUGUGGAUGAGUACACCCUGGAUCUCAUCCCGUUUGACAGUGACUUACUCUCCAUGGAAAUAGAUUCUACCUUCAGGGACUGUUACCUGGAGGAUGACAUGACGUCCAUGUAUUACGCUGCCAAGUCCCUGAUGUCUGUCCAGGCUCUGUACGGCAUCAUCCCCACCAUCUGUGGGAAGGGGGACUGCGCUCGGCACGUGGCAGACAUGAUGUUGAGAAUGCGGCGAGAGUUGGCGGGAACUGAACCCCAGAUCACCCCUCAGAUCGACUGUCUGCUGCUGCUGGACAGGACUGUGGACCUCAUGACUCCCCUCCCCACACAGCUCACAUACGAGGGGCUCAUCGACGAGAUCUUUGGCAUUAACAACACGUCAGUAAAACUGCCUCCAGAGAAGUUUGCGUCCGCGAAGCAGCAGACAGGCGGGCCCCAGGAGAUGCCCACAGAACCGAAGAAGCUGGUGCUGAACUCAGCGGAGGAGCUGUACGCCGAGGCUCGAGACAGGAACUUCCAUGCCAUCGGACCCUUACUCAGCAGGAAGGCCAAACUCAUAUCUGCUCAGUUUGAGGAAAGACAUGGAGCCAAGACGGUUGGUGAAAUCAAGCAGUUUGUGUCCAGACUUCCCCACAUGCAAGCAGCAAAAAUCUCCCUCGCUAAUCACACAACAAUAGCAGAGAUGAUCAAGGAAGUGACAGAUUCAGACCAUUUUAUGGAAUCCCUCACUGUGCAACAAGAGUUUUUGAACGGCAUUGACACUGACAAGGUGAAUCCUUAUAUUGAAGACUGCAUAGCAAGAAAGGAACCAAUCAUCAAGAUUCUGCGGUUAGUGUGUAUCCAGUCUGUAGCUAACAAUGGACUGAAACAGAAAGCUCUAGACUAUUACAAGAGGGAAAUCUUACAGACCUAUGGAUAUGAGCACCUCAUCACCCUGAAUAACCUGGAGAGAGCCGGUCUGCUGACACUACAGAAACAGAGGACUUACCCAACCACACGGAAAACACUCCGACUAAUGGUGGACGAUGUCAGUGAACAGAACCCGAAUGACAUCUCCUAUGUGUUCAGUGGAUACGCUCCCCUGAGUGUACGUCUGGCGCAGUUCUUGGCCCGUCCGGGUUGGAGAAGUAUAGAAGAGGUGCUGAGAAUCCUGCCUGGACCAACGUUCGAGGAGGCACAGCGGAUACCCGUUGGACUGAGAAAGAAACGCACCUCAGUAGGAGGAGGGAGUGAGAGUCCUAAGGUGACUCUGGUGUACUUCCUGGGAGGAGUGACAUACGCAGAGAUCGCAGCCCUCAGAUUUCUGUCCCAGCAGGAGGACAGCGCGUCAGAUUAUAUCAUUGCGACAACAAAGAUCAUCAACGGACACACCUGGUUAGAGGGACUGAUGGACACCCUCUGUCCUGCUCCGUUCCCAGACACCUCAACAACUUCCAAAUCUAAGGGCAGGGGAUAGUUCUGCCAAGUUUCCAACAUUCUACUAGUCCACCAGAACUCUAAAUCUAAUGGAAAAAUAUAAUUCUGUCACCACCUGUGCAGUGUUCUAGCAGAGAAGGAAGAGGACUUCAAACUAUUUGGUUAAUUUUGCAAGUCUUCAGGACUUGAGACUAUAAAGAAUGAGUAAAAAUGGCUACAACUAGUACAAGUUAGUAGUAGAACUAACAUGUCAUGUAUCUGCUGAGAUUGGUUGGCCAAAAUGAUUGUCUAGGAAGAUAUUAAGUACAUUCAAAAAUGUGAAAAAAUUAUUAAUAUGUUAUUACAAAUUUGGCAACUUGAACCAGCAGCCUUUUUUUGUCUGUAAGCAGGACCAACAUCUUGCAUAACACCAGGCUAGUUGGGCAUAACUGCCUUGACAUGUAUGUCAUUAUAUUUAAUGCUUCAAGCAAAAUAACCAGAAUUAUAGUCAAAUAGUGAGCACAUUUCAUAAAUAUCAUGAAGAUCUCCAUGAUUCCUUUUUCUUCAAGGAUCACCUAAGUUUAUUUGUGCUUCAAACCACUUGUGACAGGUGAAAGCUAAGCUCCAAGAGAAUAUUCCAAAAUGUGUACAACAGGUCUGAAAUGUAAAUAAAUUGCUGCCAAUACCCUACAACGUAUUGAACCUCAUGAUGUGUUACAUUAGAUACUAGUAUAGAAAGAUAGGGGAUAAGCACAAGGUAUAAUCUUGCUGCUGUAAAUGCAGAAUAUCAUUAGUUGAAGUCCCUUCCCUUUUCAAAUAUGAAGUACAAGAAAAUUCUUGCAUCCAAAUCUGUAUUAAGCAAAAUUGCAGCUGCAGAGAAGUGCAUGUCCACUAUUUUCAAGUAGUCCCUCAAUUGGUCUUGAAACAUUUGAUU